AUGAAUCCAGAAUACGAUUACCUCUUCAAGCUCCUCCUCAUCGGAGACUCCGGUGUUGGAAAGUCUUGCCUGUUGCUCCGUUUUGCCGAUGACACCUACACGGAAAGCUACAUUUCGACUAUCGGUGUUGACUUCAAAAUCCGCACUAUCGAACUCGACGGCAAGACCGUGAAACUUCAGAUUUGGGACACUGCUGGCCAGGAACGAUUCCGCACCAUCACAUCGUCCUACUACCGUGGUGCCCACGGCAUCUGCGUGGUGUACGAUGUCACCGACAUGGACUCCUUCAACAACGUCAAGCAGUGGCUUCAGGAGAUUGACCGAUAUGCCACCGAGGGCGUCAACAAGCUGCUCGUCGGCAACAAGAGCGAUAUGGAGGACAAGAAGGUGGUCGAGUACACCGUGGCGAAGGAGUUCGCCGAUAGCCUGGGAAUCCCCUUCCUCGAGACCUCGGCCAAGAACGCGUCCAACGUCGAGCAGGCUUUCCUGACAAUGGCACGACAGAUCAAGGAGCGCAUGGGAACGGCCACCGUCAACAACAAGCCUACCGUGCAGGUUGGGCAGGGUCAGGGCGUCCAGUCCGGCUCCGCGGGCGGCUGCUGCUAG